AUGUUCAUGUCAGCCAAAACCCUCCGACUUGCCCAGCGAAUACUCAUCAUUGCUCCCGCAUUUAUACUUUACGGAUACAAUCAGGCCGGACUAUCUGCCCUUCUCAUCCUCUCGGAUGUGAUCCGUCUCUUCCCACAAAUUGAUACGGUCAAUACCCACGGAGCUCAAGAGACACAGAACUCUACCAUCAAAAGGUUGAUCAAUGGGACUUUGAUGUUAGGGGCCCUACUGGGGGCAUUGUCAUGCUCCGUCCUCGGCGAUAAGCUUAGUCGGCGCAAGACUAUCUUCGUAGGAGGCUGCUGUGCUGCGGUAGGUCAAAUUCUCCAAUGCACGGCCUUCUCCCUGGCCCAGUCCACCGUGGGACGCAUCAUCCUGGGUUUUGGGAUAGGCCAGUUCAGUGUCGUUGUGCCAGUGUGGCAGGCUCAAAGCUCUUCUGCGGGUAAACGAGGGCGUCAGGUCAUCACCUCAGGCAUCUUCAUCUGUGUAGGACUUUUCUUGUCCAGCUGGAUCAAUCUGGGAUGUAGCAAGAUCACCUCGCCGCCCCUCCAGUGGCGGAUCCCGCUCGCUGUCCCAGUCGUCUUCUCACUAGUGAUCUGCUUCUCUAUCUUCAGCUUGCCGGAAUCGCCCCGCUGGCUGCUGAUUCGUCGCGAAGUCUCUCGGAUUGAUGCCUCCUUUUCGACAGGUCCUACAAUCUCCCUGCGGGAUGUCUUCCGAAAGAACGACCCGCACCGACUCGGCUACCGUUUCGCCCUGUGCCUCGGUAUUCAGACCCUACAACAGCUGAAGUUUCUGUGCUCUUUCCUCUCCUUCGCCGCCGUCGACCGGCUGUAUCGCCGCUGGAUCCUGGUGACCAGCGGGACGGGUAUGUGCUUCUGUAUGAUCGCCAUGGCGGUGGCCAUCAGCUUCCUGGCAGCCAACCAUGCUGCCUCCAUCACGGCGGCUAUAGCGCCCGCGCCUCUCCGCGCGGUCAUGUCCUUCAUCAUCACCAUGGUCACCCCCGUGGCGCUGUCGAUCAUUAAUCGGCGGUAUUAUGUUGUGUUUGCCUGCACCUGUGCUUGCGUUCCCGUAAUCGUGCUGCUUUUCUUCCCCGAGACAAUGAAUCGUGACUUGGAGCUGAUCGACGAGUUGUUCCGGGAGGCGCCUACCAUCUGGGAGGUCGUGCCCAUGGCUCGGCGAUUGCCCCAGCGGGUUAGUCCAUCUGCACAGAUGAAGAAGGAUCGAGAGAAGGCGUUUGAGGCAGAGGGGGCAACCGAGGAGCAGCGAAUGGGCUUGAGGCCUACAUCAUUCACGAGAUAUAUCAGCUGA